ACAUUUUAAUUAAAAAAUAUUUGAAACUGAAAUGAAAGAAAUUAUUUAUAGCUAAACUUUGUAUCAUCUUGUCUCUUUUCUGUCUUUCUUUUUAAAGUAUAACAAUGCAAUUACAAAGAACAAACCAGAAACCACUCUCAUCCUUUAGUUCUCAAAUGUGAUCAAUUGUGUGGUUAAGUGUAGUCAAAACCUCAUUCCGUAUUUUAGAAAUUGUCUUUUUAUUAAUUGUCGUUUUCUAUACUAUCUAAAAUGAAACAGCUAUAUAUGUAUACAAACUAGUAUUAGAGUAAAAAAAGAUAAAAUAUUGGAAUGUAACUGAAAUUAACUUAACAGCUGUUUACUAUAACCUUUGCUUGAUGGUAACGUUGCUUGAUGCAUACGAGCUUUAUAUGUAUAUUUAAAAAAGAUAACAAUGAAAUCUAAAUAAGAGUAUUUACACUUAUUUAUUCCUACUUCAUUAACAAAAGCAAAUAUAAAUAUUGCAUGUAUAUAGGACCUGCUAAUAAAAGUUCUCCUAAAAGAUUGUUUAAUCCUGGACGUAAAUACGUUAAUAUUAAUACUGAUAAUGGAACUAUUUUAAUUGAGAAAAAUUCUUCAGGCUAAAGGUUAUCUGUAUCGAGAAAAUUGAUGAAAUUAAGUUUCAUAUUUAUAGCAAGACAUUUUUUAAAUAAAAUGCCUUACUAUGCAGUAGCUAAGGGUCGGAAACCUGGAAUUUAUGCCACAUGGAAUGAAUGCAGCGCUCAAGUUCUUAAGUUUCCUGGAUCCAUAUAUAAGAAAUUUGCAACGGAAAGAGAGGCUCAAAACUUUAUAAAAGAGCGUUCCUCUUCAACUGUAGGAACAAAUUCUACCAAGAGCCUUUCAUCAGAAAUUAUUAACGCAAGAUCUCAAGUCCUACCAAAACAACUGUUUGCACUUGGUAGAAAGCAAGUGACAGUGGCUGAGACAAAACCAUUAUCAUCACUUUCAAAGAGGACUUUAUCAACAAGUAAUGAUACUAAUGAAAGUAAUGAACAACCAAAUAAGAAAAGAAAAAUUACAUCAGAUAAUUGUUUCCUAUCAGCUCAGUGUCUUGAUCAGGAUGAUAAAGUGAACUUUAUCGUCGACGAAGAAGGCUACGUGAACGUCUUCACGGAUGGCGCUUGCACUUUAAACGGGUACAAGAACGCGCGAGCUGGUAUUGGCGUUUGGUUCCAAGACAAUCAUCCCUUAAACGUAUCCCAACCAGUGGAGGGACGAGCUACCAACAACAUGGCAGAGAUCCAAGCCGUCACAGUAGCUGUGAGGCAGGCGAAGAAGGCAGGAAUUAAGAAGUUAAAAAUCAACACGGAUUCCAAAUUCCUCAUCAAUUGUAUCACGAAAUGGAUGCCAAGCUGGAAAAGAAGAGGAUGGAUAACGGUGGGCAAUAAACCAGUUAUAAAUAAAUCAGAACUGAUAGAAAUGGAGAAAGAACUGAAAUCCUUGACCAUUGUUUGGAACCACGUGAAUGGGCAUGUAGGAAUCUAUGGAAAUGAAAUGGCAGACAAGUUGGCAAGAGAAGGCUGCUUACAGUAUAAAAAUAAAGAUAAUUAAAAUUAAUAAAGAUUAAGUCUCCUACAAGUUGUAUGAUUAUGUAAUUAUUUUAUUUUUGUACACAUACAUAAACUUUUUUGUAAAAAA